ACAGCAAUCCACCCCUGCUCGCUGGCUGGCUCCCCACCCCCCUUCACUUUUACACACACUCAUUGCACUCCAACAUCGACGUUCAUUACCCACACUAGCUCGCCUGUCGACCUGCUUCUCUGUCCCACUCUUUCCCUCUCAGCCACAUCCCUCUCUCAUCCCACGCACUAGCUUGCUCGACCCGCACACACACACUCAAACAAGAUGCGCUCUUCCACCUCCAGCCUCUUGUUCUCCGCAGCCGUGCUCGGCGCUCUUUGCUGCUCCAGCGUCUCUGCUGCGAGCGACGGUGUCAAGGUGGUGUACACCAUUGGCCGAUAUGGUUAUCCGGACAUUGGCAGCGCUAGAGCAGCAUGGAACGAUCAGUGCUCCGCUUCGGCCAAGGACAAGGGUACGGUGAGCUCCAACUCGCUCAAGGCUGUCAAACCCACCGUCGGUCAAGGCUUUUGCGUUUACAAGGAUCUGGUCGGCGCCGAGACGGACAUAUCGGAGGAUGUGGCGGGAGACUUGAGCUGGGGCAACUACCACGAUGCGUACAACAAGGGAGGAGAUUCCAGCGGAAACUCUGGCUAUUCCGAUGAUUCCAACGACGAUGACAACAAGGGAGCAGACAAGCCUUCCCCGUCCAGCAACAACCACAACAACAACAAUGCUGGAGGUGCACAACAGACGUCCAAUGGCCAAACCGCUGCUUCUUCGCCUUCUCCUGCCAACAAUGAUGGACAAGGCCAACAACAGCAGCAACAGCAGCAACAAGGGCAACAACAACAGCAGCAACAACAACAACAACAACAGAGCCCCACUUCGUCCUCCUUCUCCGUGCUGCCCAGCCCUUCUGCCUGGUCAAACGGCGCAGACACUGCCUCUAUCAGCGGAAGCGCCCUCACCGCCUCCAUCACCAGCGCAGGCAACGACCUGGGCGUGACGGGCAGCAAUUCGGCGCUGAAUGCUGGUCAGACUAGCGCUGCCAGGAGGAACAAUGGACCUAUGCCCCUGUUCAAGCUGCUCGCCAUGCUCAUCUGAGCGUCCAUGAAACACCUUUUCGUCGAUUCAAGAGUUUCAAACCAAAGGGUUCCCGCCGCUUCUUUAAUGGACGCUUGCAUUCUGGAUUUGUGCCACGCACAGCACACAGCAUCUCCACAUCCCACGCCAUCGCUGCUCGAUCUUCUGCACUCAUCUC